GGCUCACAGACACAUAAACCCUGCAACACUUGCCAUCCCCAGCAUUCAUCUGUCUCUACCCUGACUGGUCAUGAAUAUGAUUUUGCUUUGCUUCACAUCAGUGUUGUCAAUUACUUCAGUCAUCUCUGGUCAAAAUAUUGACACAAGCCACAUCAGAGUUUACCCAGCAGCGAACCAAAGUAUUGCUGGAGUAUUCCAGGUUAGCCUUUUAAAUGGCUUCAACCAGCCACAGUAUGCCUUCAAUGCCUCUGAAGCUCGGAGCCUCUGCUUGUCCCUCGGAGUGAACAUUGCCUCAAAAGCACAAGUACAGGAAGCUCUCAGUAGAGGUUUAGAAACAUGCAGGUUUGGAUGGAUCGAUGAACAUUUUGCAGUCAUUCCCCGCAUCAAGGCACUCUUUAAUUGUGGCCAAAGCCAAACAGGCUUGGUGACAUGGCGAGCCUCUGUGACACAAAAGUUUGAUGUGUUUUGCUUCAAUGAAUCAGAUGCGGCGAUACAACUGAAGGAUACAACCACUGACAGCCGUCUAAGCAGCAAGGAUUACUCAGGGCAGACAUACUCCACCCAGACAGCACAACAUUUGUCUUCCUCCUCCCCUCAUUCAUCUUCCUCCACAGCUCCUAAAACCAUAGACAAUGAGAUAGAACCAGCCCGCUUCGUCGGCAGUGCACAAGGCUCUGCAGGAGUAAAGGUUAUGCUCAUCACCUCAACCUGUGCCCUUCUCCUUAUUGCAAUAAUCUUUCUUGUAUAUCUAAAAUUGAGGAGGAGUUGCUCUCAGAGCCCUGACAUGAAGCAGCACCAGGAGUACAUCGAGACAGAAGACUGGACGUGUGCAAAGAAUGUAAAGGGAAGCAAGGAAGAUGUUCAGAAUGAUGAGAGGAUAGAAGUGGAUGGCGAUGCAAGUUAAACAUUUUUCUGCUGAGAUAUACUGAAGAAACACACCAUGGACAACUACUGAGCAAUAUUCUGUUUUAAGGACAAAGAUGUGUCCCUUGAUUUGUGUGAAAGUAAUGUAACAGAAUGGCUGUGAAGUGCAUUUUUUUUUUUUUUUACAAAUGUUGUAUGUGUUUAUUUUUUAUUUUAGAUUUCAUUUGAUGUUAUUAAAUGGUGCAGUUUAGCCACUAGAUGGCAAUGUUUGAAAUACAAUCAUUUUGAAGACUUAA